AUGCAAGGAGAUGGCGAUAGUUCUUCUUCUGAGCUCAUACCAAAGGAGGAAAUCGAUGAGAGAGGGCAAUUGACUGAAGAGGAUAUCUUCCGCAUGAAAAAUUUAAACUUGAACCCGACCGGGUCACAAGCGGAUCCGUCGAUUGUUUCGCUUGCCGACUCUAGCAGCAACUUUGACGAUCAUGUAGCUGAGGAAUAUGACGAGCUUGAAGAAGCCAAUACGGGUGGACAAGAGAAAACUGAACAACAACAUACGAACCGAAUCCGUGGCGGAUUUAUGUUUGAGCGGCAGCUUCCUUUGCACUUUGAGCUUCCCGAGACAGUUUCUGUGUUAAAAUAUCCACUCAGAAUUCCGCCAUGCCCGAAAGAUCAAAAAGAAGCCGAGUGGAAUGCGGCGUUUGAGGAUGCCACCGUGUAUCUCGUUGGAACUGCCCAUUUCAGCAAGGAAAGUCAAGAAGAUGUCAUCCGAACGAUCCGUACAGUUCAACCAGAUCUUGUGAUGAUCGAGCUUUGCCCUAGUCGAAUCUCCAUUCUCUCGAUGGACGAACAAACCCUUCUCCGAGAAGCUAAAGAUCUAAAUUCACAAAAGAUUCUCCAAACAAUUAAACAAUCUGGAGUUGUUCAAGGAGUGUUGCACGUGUUACUCCUCUCAAUGUCGGCUCAUAUCACAAGAGAAUUAUCUAUGGCUCCGGGGGGAGAGUUUCGGGCAGCUCACAAGGGCGCCGUUGAAACAGACCAAUGUCAGCUAAUUCUUGGAGAUCGACCCAUUCAAAUCACAUUACAACGAGCGCUAGCUUCUUUGUCAUUCUUCCAAAAGCUAAAAUUUUUCUAUCACAUUCUCAUUUCCCACAAUUCGAAAAUCACCCAAGAAGAUGUUGAGAAAUGCAAACAAAAAGACCUUUUGGAACAGCUUUUGGCCGAGAUGGCUGGCGAUUUUCCAAACCUGUCAAAGAUUUUUGUUGAUGAACGAGAUGCUUACAUGACGCAUGCAUUGCAUACAUUGCUUCAGCGACAAACAAUGGCGAAGAGGAAGGCCUGGUCUUACACGAAAUGCGCCUGGCAACCAUUGCGAGUUGUUUCCGUUGUUGGAAUUGGGCACAUGCCUGGAAUUGAAGCUCGAUGGGGACAAGAGAUCGACAUCAUGCCACUUAUUGAAAUACCAGCGCAAUCGUUGUCUUCAAAAAUUAUAGGAGGUGCCUUCCGUUUGGCUUUCUGGGGUGCGAUCGGUUACUGCACAUAUAGGGUUGGGCGUGCUGCGUAUGUUCGACUCAUUCCGCAC